AUGGCAACUUUCGAACGCAAGGGCUCGGAUUCGUCCGUUAUCGACGAGAAGGCCUCGGGCAUCGUCGACGACAGCGAGAAGGGCAAGCUCGACUACGUUCCUGCUCUUCCCGCGGACGUCAACGUCGCUGAGGUCGGCGAUGUCGCGGAGGACGUUCGCGCUAUCGACCUUGGUGCCGAUGGCAAGGAGCGCCCCAUCGAAGAGGCCGGCGAUUACGCUCUUCGUCUCGUCUCGCUCGAGGACGACCCCACCCUUCCUGUCCACACAUUCAGGACAUGGUUCCUAGGCCUCGGCCUUGCCUGCUUCGCCGCCGUGCUUGGCGAGCUCUUCUACUUCCGCCCCCAGACCGUUCAAGUCUCGGGUCUCUUCCUCCAGGUCAUCGCCUACAUCCUCGGCUUGAUCCUGGAGCGCGUCAUCCCCGGCCCUGGUAACCCCAUCCUUCGCACGAAGGACACUUGGUUCUGGCGCUUCAUGAACCCUGGUCCUUUCAACAUCAAGGAGCAUGUAGCUAUCAGCAUUAUGUCUACCACUGCUUCGGACCAGGCCAUCGCUAUCUCCGUCUUCGCCGCGCAGGACUUGUACUACAAUGUCUCUGUCAACGCCGGCGUCGGUAUCUUCACUCUUAUCGCAUCCCAGCUCAUUGGUUACGGUCUCGUUGGUCUUGCGCGCGACUACCUCGUCUACCCGACAUGGGCGGUGUACCCCUUCCUCAUGCCGCAGGUCCAGCUUUUCGACGCCAUGCACCGCAACAAGGGCGAGUUCCUCCAGAAGAAGCGUGUCCUUAUCUUCUGGGGUACCCUCGUCGGCAUCUUCGUAUGGGAAUGGUUCCCCGAGUACAUUGCGCCAACGCUCACGGGUAUUUCCGUCAUCUGCCUGGCUGCACGCCACUCGCCUUGGGUCACCCGCAUCUUCGGUGGUGCGGCCGGUAACGAGGGUCUCGGUCUCUUCGCCAUCUCGCUUGAUUGGAACUACAUCGGCUCUGGUGGCAGCGCCAUCGGCUCGCUCUUCACGCCGCUCUCGACCCAGCUCUCGCUCUACGCCGGUGUCCUCGUCUGUAUCCUCUCGUUCUGCUUGUGCUACAGCAACAAUGUCUGGCACGCGCAAAACAUGCCGUUCCUGUCGCAGCUCCUCUUCUACGAGAACGGCACGGAGUACAGCCAGCUCGAGAUUCUCAACGACGACUUCACCCUUAACGAGACCAAGCUCGAGCAGCAGGGUCUACCGUACUACGUCGCCUCGCAGACGCUCUACCAGCUCUCGCGUACGGCCUACAUCGGCGCCGCGGUCACUCACUUCGCCAUCUGGCAUCUUAAGGACGUCAUCAAGGUCGUCAAGGAUGUCUGGUCCGGCCGCGAGUGCGAGGACCUGCAUUUCCAGAAGAUGAAGGCGUACAAGGAGAUCCCGCAUUGGUGGUACCUCGCGCUCUUCAUCGUCAUGUUCGCGCUCGGCAUGGGCCUCUCCUACGCCGCGGACUCCGGCAUGCCUGCGUGGGCGUACAUCAUCUCGCUCAUCUUCUCGGCGGUCUUCGUCCCCAUCCUGGGUUCGCUCUACGCUACGGUCGGUUACCAGCCAUCGCUCCAAUUCCUCAUCCAGAUGGUUGGUGGUGCACUCAUGCCCGGCAAGCCCGUCGCGAACAUGUACUUCACGCUUUACGGCUACCAGACCUACCAGCUCACGCUCAACAUGCUUCGUGACCUCAAGCUCGCUCAGUACACCAAGCUCCCGUGGCGCGCAUGCUUCGCGAUGCAGACCGUCGGCGGUAUCAUCGGCGGUAUCCUUAACUUCGUCAUCAUGAAGUCCGUCAUCGCCGGCAACCGCGAGCUCCUUCUCGACGUCCAGGGUUCAAACGUCUGGUCCGGACAGCAAGUGCAGUCGUACAACUCCGCCGCGAUCUCGUGGGGUGCGCUCUCCAAGCCGCUCUACGCGCCUGGCGCCCGCUACGGCUUCAUCCCAUGGAUGCUCAUCGCCGGUCUCGCCGUCCCGAUCAUCCCGUGGUUGUUGCACCGCCGCUGGCCCAAGCUCGGUUUCAACUACAUCUUCACGCCCGUCGUCGUCGCCGAGCUCGGUUUCCUCUCGGUCGGCAUCAACUCCUCCUGGAUGACGUCGCUCGCCGUCGCGAUCUACUCCCAGUGGUACCUGCGCAAGUACAAGCCCCGCUUCUUCCGCAAGUACAACUUCUUGCUCUCUGCGGCGCUUGACGGCGGAACCCAGAUCAUGGUGUUCGUCUACUCGUUCGCUGUCGGUGGUGCGUCUGGCACCGCAGUACCAUUCCCGAACUGGGGUCUCAACCCGACGGGUAACCCGGAUUACUGUAUGCGCUUGACGUAG